AUGUAUAACAACAUCUCAUUCGGCUGCGGACCUCUGGUCAGGAGAACGCGGCGGCGAACGUCCCCUAAACGAAAUUCCGAGAGAGAAAGUUUCGUUCACCAAGUGAUCGAUGCUCGAAUAGGAAAGCGGGUGUCUUGUCGCAUGUCAAGGAGGGCUAAUCUCGAUCACAUUGUUACCACAUGUUUGCAAGAGGAUGGAAUGAGGCGAAAGCAAAAUAAGCAAACAAAUACAUUAUUGCAGACUUCACAGACCGAAGAGGCUUACGAUGAAAUAACAUUAAACAUUUCAAAACCGGAUCACAAGGCAAAUACUUCUUUUUUGAAAAGACGGUUCGCGUCACCGUUCCACCAACUUCCUGUUAGCUCACGAGAGAAGCGAAUAGUGACACUCUUCGUGACUCACGAUCUAAAUUUGUUAAAUAGAAACAUCGGAGUCACAAAAAAGAACCACGGUUCAUUGCUUGGGAAGGAAGGAUCGAUCCUAUUGAGGAAUUUAUAUGGUACCUUAAAAGAAACCUUGAGUAUUCAUUGCUACCGUCGUGUUUGA